AUGAGACUAUCUCUCCUACUUUCAUCUCUUGCCGCCUUCACCUCCCUCGCCUCCGCAAGCCUUCAAUACCGCGGUGCCGAUAUCUCCUCACUCAUCGUCGAAGAAGAUGAUGGCAUAUCAUACAAAAACACGAAUGGCGCCAGCGCAAAACUCGAGACUAUUCUCGCCGAUAAUGGUGUGAACACUAUUCGGCAACGACUAUGGGUUAAUCCAAGCGGUGGCACAUAUGGUUUAGAUUAUAACCUGGAGCUUGCGGCGAGGAUGGUGAAAGCGGGGAUGAAAAUCUAUCUUGAUAUGCAUCUUAGUGAUACGUGGGCAGAUCCAAGUCAUCAAACAACCCCAUCUGGCUGGUCUACAACAGAUAUCGGCACAUUAUCAUGGCAACUAUACAACUACACACUGGAUGUCUGCAACAGCUUCGCCGCAGAAAACAUCCCCCUUGAGAUUGUGUCCAUUGGCAACGAGAUUCGCGCCGGUCUUUUGUGGCCCCUCGGUUCAACCAGUAGCUACUACAACAUUGCUACACUACUCCACUCCGCUGCAUGGGGAAUCAAAGACUCCAACCUCGCUACUAAACCCAAGAUCAUGAUCCAUCUAGACAAUGGAUGGUCGUGGAGUGAACAAUCCUACUUCUAUGAUACGGUGUUAGCAGAGGGGCCUCUGCUCAAGACGGAUUUCGAUGUCAUGGGUGUCAGCUAUUAUCCGUUCUACAGCAGCUCGGCUACACUGGCGUCGCUCAAGUCCACUUUGGCUGAAAUGGCUUCGACAUGGGGCAAAGGGUUGAUCGUUGCCGAGACCAACUGGCCAUAUGCUUGUCCUAAUCCAGCAUACUCUUUCCCUUCUGAUCUGAAAAGUAUCCCAUUCUCGGCUGCUGGUCAGACGACUUUCUUGAAAGAUGUUGCGAGCGUUGUCGCAGGGACAACUAAUGGCUUGGGACUGUUCUAUUGGGAGCCAGCGUGGAUUGGGAAUGCGGCGCUUGGCUCUAGUACCGUCGCAUCAGCUAUGAUCAACGACGAAGAGUCUCGGCAUGCUCCAGCGUCCGAAGAGACGCCAUUGCUCGCAGAAACCAGCGUUGGAGAAACAACAGCAUCUUUAGGGCAGAAUGGAUACGAAAGUGACGAUGAUGUGGCUCCAACUAUUCUCUCGGGAAAACGCGCGUUAGUAGUUGCUUCUGCAGUAGUAUGUUUAUUGUUUAUUCAAGCUACCAAUAUUACAACGGUGUCAACGACGCAAUCGGAUAUCGCCGCAGACCUCGACGCAUUCUCCAAUACACCUUGGCUGACAUCAGCAUAUAUGAUUUCUGUCGCUAGCCUCACGCCAGUAGGAGGUCGCCUGUCGCAGAUUUUCUCUCUUCGUGCCAUUUUAUCCCUAUCAAGCCUUCUCAUAUCGAUCGGUUUAUUGAUUACAGCCACUGCUCAGACAUUUCCCGUCUUCAUCGUUGGGCGCAUCAUUACUGGGUUAGGGUCUGCUCUGAUAUACUCAACACAGACUAUAAUCGCCUUGGAACUGUCUUCAAAGAAACGACGAGGACUUCUCAUAGGAUGCGUAUAUACGACUGUCACAGUGGGUAUUGCAGCUGGGGCUAUUAUAGCCGGUGCUAUGACCCCGAGGUUUGGAUGGCGGUCACUAUAUUACAUACAAUCGCCGAUAUGUUUUAUCCUUACCCCAGUUCUAUACCUAGCAAUUCCACCAACCGGCCAGGACAAGGAAUCCAAACCUGAGUCUUUUAGAAAGAGGCUCGCGCGAAUUGACUAUUGGGGGAUCUUGACAAUGACUGCAGCAAAUGUCCUGUUGCUCUAUUCACUUUCUAGGCCCAACAUCUCCUAUACAUACAUCGCCAUCUCUCUGGUUCUAUUCGUAAUCUUCCUUGCAGUUGAAUCAACACCGGCAAUUGCUCCUGAACCUAUUGUUCCAAUUUCUAUUGUUCGUUCUCGCGGAGUCUUAUUGUCCGGUAUUUCAUCAACCGGCAUCAUGAUGGCCCGCUGGGCGAUUCUAUUUUACCUGCCUGUAUAUGGCAUUGCGGUGCGCGGGUGGAGUCCCGCGGAAGGUGGUGUUAUCAUGAUUCCUACCAAUGCUGGUUUUGCCUUGGGUGGGCUUUUAGUGGGCUGGAUACACAUUCGGAAGGCUACAAGUUACUAUGUUUGUCUAUUGAUUGCCGUCCUCUCGACUCCCAACUCAUCGGUCAUUCUUUAUGCGAUCGUCCUCUUCACAAACGGAUUUACCUGUGGCGCGUUUUUGAACUACACGGUAUCGCAUGUCCUCCACCUCACAGCCCCUUCAACACAUUACAUUGUCACGGGCCUUAUUUCAACGUUCCGAUCUACCGCCGGUAGUUUCGGAUCUGCCAUCGGUGGCGGUAUUUUCUCGCGAGUGUUGAGACGCCGUCUUGAAGAAGGGUUCGCUGACGGCAGCUACGAUGACGGCGCCAUCGCUGAUGAUCAACAGGAAUUGAUCCGAAAGCUAAUGGGCAGCCCUGCUCUAGUGUGGCAGUUGGAGGGAUAUGAAAAGCAAGCAGCUAUUUCAGCAUAUCAGGAUGCGCUGCGGGCAAUGUUUUUGGCAGGUGUAGCGUUGGUCUUGGUGAUGACAUUUGCCCAGGCGGGUACUGGGUCAACCAAAGGGGUUGAGGCUAAUGAGGAUGAAGUCGACGUCAACGCCCAUGACCAUGAGGAUUAA